UUGUCGUUGAGGUGGACAGGAGCUCGCGGAGCGAGGCAGUCACACACCUGAGUCAUCUUUGUAUCAUGAGGCGGGCAACUUCAAGUAGGACAGUCUAAAAAGAUAUCUAUGUUAUAGAGUGCGCUCAUCAAGCUUUGGUUCCCACGAUAUCACUGUUUGAGUUUCGUCGGCGCUCAUACUGUCGGACGCUUACCUGUGCUCUUCACCACCAUGUACUCUCACCCCAGCCAACGCAGCCACCACGGUCCUCUUCACCAUUCUCAUUCCCAGUCUCGUCAAAGCUAUCAGAACUAUGGCACUGCUCCUCCCAGCUACGGCGGCUACGGGCCCCCUCCUAACGCUGACCCCCAACUCUGGCGUUGGUUCUCAACUGUGGACACGGAUCGCUCCGGCCAGAUAUCUCUGAAUGAGCUUCAAGCUGCCCUCGUGAAUGGAAAUUGGACGAAAUUCGAUUUGGACACAGUGAAGAUGCUUAUGAACAUGUUUGACUCGGACCGAAGCGGGACGAUAGGAUUCAAUGAGUUUGCGGGUCUGUGGAAAUACAUCGCCGAUUGGCAGAACGUUUUCCGGCACUUCGAUAGGGACGGUUCAGGGACUAUCGAGGGGCAUGAGCUAUCCGAAGCUCUUCGGAGCUUCGGGUACAACCUGUCACCUAGACUGCUUCAGUUGGUUGAGACAAAAUAUGCUGCCGGGCCCACGUCAGGGUAUGCGCCUCCGCCCGGUAUCUCGUUCGACCGUUUCGUGAGAGCUUGUGUAGUGGUGAAGUCUUUGACUGAAGCAUUUCAGCAGCUUGACACUGACCGCGAUGGCUGGGUGCAAGUCAGUUACCAGCAGUUCAUGGAGAUGUUCCUGAGAGCUCCCUGAGGCAUGACUCAUGAAUGACGAUGAAUGUGUUUACGACCCAGGUAUCUCUCCUCUUGCUGUAUGACCACUGUACUGUAUUGCUCAGACAUUACGGAUGUAAUUCAUGCUACUUGGCUACCAAUGUGUGCAUAUUUUAUUGGACAAUUACCGACUAUAUGCGCGGCCUUUAU